AUGGAUCGUGCACAGUUGCUAUUGGUGGGGCUACCCCUCUUCCUCUUCUGCUCAGACAUCGUCAGCCUCUUUUCUCCGCCGCCUGCUAAACCCGCCACCAACCCCCACCACCACCAUCACCACCACCAGUCAAAUUCCCCGCCACUGAUCCAACAACAGCAACAGCGGUCGUCCCUUGAGUUCCCGUCUCAGAAAUCUAGUGGCAGUGGCGUUGGAAAUACUGUCAAAAUUGACUUCUGUUCCUCUUGUUCUUACAGAGGAUCUGCAGUGACGAUGAAGAAUAUGUUAGAAACUCAGUUUCCUGGCAUCAAUGUCGUUCUUGCAAAUUACCCUCCUCCAUUUCCAAAACGCUUGUUAAGCAAACUGGUACCAAUUGUUCAAUUUGGAAUGAUUGGUAUUAUAGUGGCUGGUGAACAAAUUUUUCCAAGGUUGGGCUUUGCUGUGCCACCUCCCUGGUACUAUUCUCUGCGUGCAAAUAAAUUUGGAAGUAUGGCAAGCACUUGGCUACUUGGAAAUUUCAUUCAAUCCUUUCUGCAGAGUUCUGGGGCAUUUGAAGUAUACUCUAAUGGUGAAUUGGUGUUCUCCAAACUCAAGGAGAACAGAUUCCCCGGGGAAAUCGAGUUGAAAGACCUUAUUGGGAGAAGGGUUGCUAAUUCAAGAGUGAUAGAUGGUGAAUUCUGGUCCUGA